AGGGGCGUGUUAGAGGAGGGGGAGGGGAUCUCUCUGACAUUUCACUUUUGCAGAUUCUUAGAAUGGCCGGUAAGAAAUCUCUGGUGAUCCUGGCGGAGGGAGCCGAGGAGAUGGAGACGGUGAUCCCCACUGAUCUGAUGAGGAGGGCUGGGAUCUCGGUGACGGUCGCCGGUCUGAAAGGCAAAGAACCCGUCAAGUGCAGCCGAGACGUCGUCAUUUGUCCGGACACCAGUCUAGAGGAGGCGCGCAAACAGGGUCCGUAUGACGUCGUGGUUCUUCCCGGCGGGAAUCUCGGAGCUCAGAACUUGUCCGAGUCUCCAGCCGUGAAGGAAAUCCUACAGGAGCAGGACGGGAGGAAAGCGCUGAUUGCCGCCAUUUGUGCCGGCCCCACCGCCCUCCUGGCACACGGAAUCGGAUUUGGAAAAAGUGUCACCACCCACCCCCUGGCCAAGGACAAGAUGAUGAUUGGAGAUCACUACAAAUACUCGGAGAGUCGGGUGGAGAGGGACGGGAACCUCCUCACCAGUCGCGGUCCCGGCACCAGCUUUGAGUUUGGAUUGGCCAUUGUGGAAUGUUUGGCGGGGAAGGAGGCGGCGGAUCAGGUGAAGGCGCCUCUGGUCCUCAAGGACUGAGACCGUCUCCCUCCCCCUCAGU